CUUCACCCUCUUGUUACUGGCACAACUAUAAGUAUCCUCAACGCAGCUGCAGUUGCAGACACAGACUUUCUCAGAACAACUUCAAUAUCACUACCUCUUCGAGUCAAUUACCAUCUGAUCUCAGAAGUACUCAGGCAGCCUUACAAGGCAACCACAAUGUCUUAUCUGCACUUCUCUCACACUCAUGCGCGCGAGCGCACUCCUGAAAAGGAGCCUUACAAUGGGCGCCCUCUUGUGCGCCGCAAUACCCACAAACGCGACCACAGUAUCACGCUCUCUGAUCUCGACGACGGCCAUGAUGACUACCCAUAUCCUGCCAAUCACAAGUCCAACAAAAUCUCCAGCGCCCUGACGGUUCGCGAUCGACCUUCUCAGCUGGAACGCUACAAUAUUUGGUCAAACGACACACGCAACAACGAAGACGACGAGAGACUAUACAGCUACGACAGACACCGCACAUACCGAUACUCUGACCGUCACCAUCAUAGCGAUAACGAAGACGCAGAAGACCGUGCGCUUCGACUCAGGAUCAGUGCUACUUUGGACCGACCUAGCACAUCCUAUCACCACUCUCACGGGUCUCACCUCUGGCCUAGCGAGACGCUUCAUCACAGUGACAGAUGGAUUGAUGAGGCCUGGGAGACCCGUGAGCGGUCCUUGUCUCGGGAGCGCACUAGGGUCAGGCGAAAUAGCUUCUGGGGAGGCUUUGAAGAGAAGGAGAGGGAGACACAAGAUGAACGAUGGAGCAGAUAUCACCGUGUUAGCGAUACGAAGACGGAGGAGAUUCGCCCGCUGAGUGGAUGGCGCCGCCGCCGGAUUGUCGGAGGGAACUAGAGGUGGUGAUGUGGAUCAGAGAUGUUUUCCAGUGGGAGUAUGGAGGAGUCUUUGGGUUAAGCGUUCUUGAAUUUCGGCUAGUUUUGACUUCCGACUGGUUUUGACUUUCGAUUUGGUUUGAUUUUUGACUGUUUUCAUAGACACCGGAUUUCCUUAAGACGCUCGUUUCCAACAGCAAGGGUGGGAUACACAAUGGUUUUUGUACUGUGUUUGAGAUUACUUUUACCUUGUAUAGAUAGUUUUCAUUUGUAAUUAGAUACCCAGAACAAUAUAAGUUAGUAUAAGAGAAUUCAGGUUUUACUUAGUGACGAUGG